AUGAUUGACCACGAUAAGAUCCCCGGAACAAUCAACCUGGUUGACACCACCGACUCUGAGGUGGUUCUCCACCCUGUUCCCUCCGCCCAUCCGGAUGACCCACUCAACUGGUCGUACCGUCGAAAGUUGUUGUCCAUGUUUUGCAUGUUCAUUUUCACCCUUGGUGUUUCCAUUCCUUCGGCUUCCAUCUACUCAGUGCUCAUUCCCAUCUCUGAAAACACAGGCUUGUCUCUGGACACUCUCAACCAAGGCACAGGUUACAUGUACCUGACGUUUGGUCUGGGAUGUAUCAUUUUCCAGCCUCUGUCUCAGCAGUUUGGCAAGCGGCCAAUCUUCCUCAUCUCCAUGCUUGGUACAUGUCUGAUCCAGCUCUGGGGUCCUCAUGCUAAGAACUCUGGCCAGUGGAUUGGCUCUAAGCUGCUGCAGGGUUUCUUCGGAGCUCCCGUUGAGUCGCUUUGCGAAGUGCUUGUGUCUGACGUGUGGUUUGAGCACGAGCGAGGACGAUGGAUCGGUCUGUAUGGAUUUGGACUCAUGUUUGCAUCUAACAUAGCACCUGUCUUGGCAGGUCUGAUUUCCCAGGGCCAGGACUGGACUUGGGUUCUGUACUGGGGCACAAUCUUCAACGCUGUUUGCUUCGUAUUUCUGUUUCUCUUCUUCGAGGAGACCAACUUUGUGCGACACCCAGCGCUGAAGAAGGUGGACAGUAUCACCUCUGAUGACGGAGCCGUCACCCUCAACGAGAAGAACACUGCCAAAUCUGUCUCUGUAACUACUGAUGUCGAAUUGGCCACCACAGACGUCAUGAAAAAGAAGACCUUUAUCCAGAAACUCGCUCUGUUCGAUCAGCCUCGUCCCAUCAUGAUUUGGGAAAUGAUGAAGAGACCGUUCAUUAUCUUUUUCCGGUUCCCCGUCAUUGUCUUCUCUGGUUUCCUCUGCGGUCUUGGACUCGUCUGGUUUAACUUGGUCAAUGGAACCGUCUCUGCUGUUCUCUCUGCCGAUCCCUACAACUUCACUCCUGACAAGGUCGGUCUGUGCUACAUUUCGUCUUGUGUGAUUGUCUUUAUCUCAUCCAUCUACGGAGGUUAUGCUUCGGACAAGCUGCGAAUUGUGUUGGCUAAACGAAACGGGGGCAUCUCUGAGCCCGAGCACCGUUUGUGGGUUCUCAUUGCGUACCUCAUCCUCUGUCCUUCCAUGUUGAUUCUGUGGGGCAUGGGAGCUGCUGACAAGAUUCACUGGUUCCCUAUCAUUCUCGGAAUGGGAUUCGUCCAAGGAAUGUCUGCCCUCACCUCCAUCUGUUCUGUCAACUACGCCGUCGACUCCUACCGAGAGAUUGCCUCCGACUCUAUGGUCACCGUCAUUCUCAUCCGAAACUGUAUGUCUUUCGGUAUCGGUUACGGAGUGACCCCCUGGUUCCAGAACGAGGGUCUCAAGCGAUGUUUCGGAGAGGCCGCUGCUGUGUCUUUCGUGUGUAUCUCCACCUUCUUCAUCUUCAUCAAAUGGGGUAAGAGCAUGCGUAAGAAUGGCAAGCACGUCUACUGGAAUUUUGUGCAGCAGUCCAUUGACAACGGAAUGUCCAUCUAA